ACCUCCACAGAAUAAUUGGCAAUUGUGUUUUGGCUUUACCAACGAAGCUCUCCUCCACAUCUCUGCUGUUUUCCAGGUGCCUGCUGCUUGCUUUCGACUUGAGCCAGGAGCUGCUCAGCUACUCCUCCCAACUUCCCUCAGGCUAGCAACUGUUAGGCGACUGAUUGAGCUUAUUUGUUUUAAUUCUCUUUGAGCUCCAACUCUAUAUAUUGUGAUAUUUCCCUUGUUUUUUUUAGCUCGACUGUUAUAUCUCUGGAGCAGCACCAUUUGCUUUGUUCUUUUUGUUCACAUACCUCGAUACUCGUAUUAUAUCCUAUCAUCGUAUUAUAUCGAAUUAUAUCGAAUUAUAUCGCACUACAUCCUGCUGUAUCCAGCUCAACCCUGUCCCAUUCCACCCUGUUUCGUCCCAACCUAUCCCUAUCCCAAUCCGCCUCCAAUUCACCUUAUUAUAUCUGCUCAAAAUGCCCAAUCAAUUCUUCCAAAACAUCGUUCAAUUACCUCCUGAUCCUUUGUUUGGCGUCUCUGCUCGCUCAAAGGCUGAUACAAGACCUGAAAGAGUCGACUUGGUCUUAGGUGCCUAUAGAGACAACGAUGGCAGACCAUGGAUCCUACCUUCUGUCAAACUGGCUGAAAAGAAAAUCUUAUCAGACCCAAACUACAACCAUGAAUACUUGCCCAUUGAAGGUUUCAAAUCGCUAACAAACGCUGCCUCCAAGAUUACUUUGGGUGAAGAUUCUUCUUUUUAUUCAAACCCAGACAAAAUCGUCUCAAUUCAAAGUUUAAGUGGCACUGGUUCUUUACACAUUGCUGCUAAAUUCUUAUAUCAGUGGCACUCAAAUCAGUCUGAUGACCCAACCUUGCAAAAAAUGAUCUUUGUAUCUGCUCCAACUUGGUCAAACCAUAUCCAGAUUUUUCAAUCUUGUGGUUUCAAAGUCAAAUACUACAAAUACUGGGACUACGAAAACAAAUCAAUCGAUUUAUCCUCUUAUUUAAGUGACUUGUCAAAUGCUCCAGAUGGUUCAAUCAUCCUAUUACAUUCUUGUGCCCACAAUCCAACCGGUUUAGAUCCUAAUCAUGACCAAUGGUUGCAAAUCUUAGAUGUCAUUAAGCAAAAAAAACAUUUGCCCAUCUUCGAUACUGCUUAUCAAGGUUUUGCCUCCGGUGAUUUGGAUAAAGACGCCUGGGCCUUGAGAAAAGGUGUGGAAGUGCUAGGUGAAUUAACUCCCAUUAUAAUUUGUCAAUCCUUUGCCAAAAAUACUGGCAUGUAUGGUGAAAGAGUCGGUUGUAUCCAUUUAACUUUGCCCAACUUCUUGACAGAAGAUAAAGAUGCAAUCUACUCUCAAUUGAAAAAAAUCACAAGAUCUGAGUUGUCAAACCCUCCAAGCUACGGCGCUAAGAUCGUUUCUCUAUUAUUAAACGAUGAGGACUUAUUCAAACAAUGGAAAAACGAUCUAAUAACCAUGUCCUCAAGAAUCAUAAAAAUGAGACACCAAUUGAAAGACCAUUUGCUUGAACUCAAGACUCCGGGCAAUUGGGAUCAUAUAACAAACCAAAUUGGUAUGUUUUCUUUUACUGGUUUAGGUGAACAUCAUGUUCAAAGAUUAGCUGAUAAGCAUGCUGUUUAUUUAAUUAAUUCAGGAAGAGCAUCAAUCGCAGGUUUGAAUGAUAAAAAUGUACUAUAUACUGCCAAGGCAAUCGAUGAAGUUGUAAGAUAUUAUUUGAAAUAUGGUUCUCCUUUAAAAGCAAAAUUAUAAUCCCAACUAUAAUUUUAAGAGUUAUAUAGAAAUGCAUUGCUGUAUUUUUUUUUUUUUUNUUUUUUUUCAUGUUUUUAUAUUUUAC